CGACCGGCACAGGACAACGGACAAGCAAAUACAAUACGAGCCGCGUGCGGUGCCCUCCACCACUCCGUCUCCGAAUCUGCCUGUCUCUUUUUCCACGCCUCGUCUCCUCUAUUGAUUGACUUGCAAAGCUUACUGGUCGUUGCUAGCAAUGGAGCAUGAGGAGGUGAAUCUGAGCGCCGAGGCGGAGGAAGCGGAGGACCAGCAGGCCGCCGGCGACAUCGUCGUCGACGGGUUCGACCCGACGGAGGACGAGCUGGUGCUCCACUUCCUGCGCCCGCAGCUGCGCGGGUUCCCGCCGCGCGUGGCGGGCGCCGUGCUGGAGGCGGACCCGUGCGGCGCGGCGCCGUGGGAGCUGCUGGCCCGGUACGGCCUGCGGGAGCAGGGCCACUUCUUCGCUGCGCGCGGGCGGCGUCGUCCCUUCGUGCGGCGCGCCGUGGCGGGCGCGGGGGCCUGGAUGCACAGCUCCACCCGCGCCGGCCGGUCCGUGACGGACCUCGGCGUCGUGGUGCGGUGGAGCCGGGUCAAGUUCUGCUUCUACACGCGGGGCGGCCCCGGCGGCGCCGGCGCCGGGCAGCAGCGGAGCACCGGGUGGGUGAUGGAUGAGUACGAGAUCACGGACCCGGGGUGCUACCGCCGCCGCGACGAGGAAGGGGAGGAGGACGAGUACUGGGUGGUCUGCCGCGUCAGGAAGAGCAAGAGACCCGUGCCGGAGGCGGCGAAGCCGGCCUCCCCUCCUGCCAGACAGCGGUGGCGCAAGCUCGCCAAGCUGGAAACGGAUUCGGGAGUGAAGGCGAAGGUCUCGCGGCCGCUGCGCACGUGAGAGCACGAGGUGAGGCGAUGUGGCAUUGGAUUCGGUUACUUUUACUUGGGGGGUGUUUGGAUACGAGGUGUUAAACUUUAACAGUGUCACAUCGGAUGUUCGGAUGCUAAUUAGGAGAACUAAACAUGAGCUAAUUAUAAAACUAAUUGCAGAACCCUGUGCUAAUUCGC